CUAUUUUCCAGGCCCAUGACAUGUUGUUAAAAUCUGAACCCGCCCAUUAAUACCAAACUGGGUCGGGUCGGACAAGAUUCGCCCAAUUGACCCGCCCAAAUUGCGAACUUGCCAUCUUUGCCCCCCAACUAUGAACCAUUCGUUUAGAUUCCAGUUCAUCCUCAAAACUUCGAUCUUUUCAAGGUAAGAACCAUGUCUUCUUGCUGCUGCUUACCCUUCAAUUCCAGCAAUGGAAUCACACUCAAUUUUUCAAGAAACCCUAAUUUCAAAUCCCUUUUCAAAUCCCAAUUCGUCAAUCAAUUUCCAAACAACCCUCUUCCUUCUUCUACCUUUCAACAUUCAAUCUCAAACCCUAGUAGAAAAAGAUCGAUUUUUUCGACAGCUUCAUCCACCCCAUCUUCAGAAACCUCGUUUAGGACAAAACCCUUUAAAGAUAUCAACGUAUUGGUGGUGGGCUCGACGGGUUACAUUGGGAAAUUUGUGGUGAAAGAAUUGGUUAAAAGAGGGUUCAAUGUGAUAGCCAUUGCUAGAGAAAAAAGUGGGAUCAAGGGCAAGAACAACAAAAAUGAGACAUUGGGGAUAUUGAGUGGUGCAAAUGUGUGUUUUUCAGAUGUCACAAAUUUGGAUUCUCUUUCGGAGAGUUUAAGGAAUCUUGGAUUGUCUAUAGAUGUUGUUGUGUCAUGUCUUGCUAGUAGGAGUGGAGGAGUUAAGGAUUCUUGGAAGAUUGAUUAUGAGGCUACAAAGAAUAGCCUAAUUGUAGGCAAAAAAUAUGGCGCCAAACACUUUGUUCUUUUGAGUGCAAUUUGUGUACAAAAGCCUCUCCUCGAAUUCCAGCGCGCAAAGCUGAAAUUCGAGGCGGAGUUAGCCGAAGAGGCGCGGCGGGACGCCGGAUUUAGUUAUAGUAUAGUCCGGCCGACGGCAUUUUUCAAGAGUUUGGCGGGUCAAGUCGAGUUGGUUAAGGACGGGAAGCCGUACGUUAUGUUCGGGGACGGCGAAUUGUGCGCGUGCAAGCCGAUCAGCGAGGCUGACCUGGCGGCAUUUAUGGCGGAUUGCGUAGUUAACGAGGAUUUGGCGAAUCGGAUCUUGCCGGUCGGCGGGCCUGGCGAGGCGAUGACGCCGUUGCAACAAGGGGAGUUGUUGUUUAGGCUUGCGGAGAGAGAAGAGAAAUUCUUGAAAGUUCCGAUCGAAGUUAUGGACUUUGUGAUAGGGAUUCUCGAUUUUUUUGCGAAGGUGUUUCCGGCGGUGGAGGACGCGGCGGAGUUCGGGAAGAUCGGGAGGUAUUAUGCGGCGGAGAGUAUGCUCGUUUGGGACGACGAGGCGGGAGAAUAUAGCGCGGAGAAGACGCCGAGUUAUGGGAAGGAUACUUUGGAGGAGUUUUUUAAGAGGGUGUUGGAGGAGGGGAUGGAGGGGCAAGAAUUGGGGGAGCAAAUGAUCUUUUGAACGAGUCGAACUGAGUCGAGUUUUUAAUGUUUGAAUGUUGAUCGAUAAUAGUUAAUGUUGUAAUUUGUCGUGUUUUUUUGUUUGUUAGAAAGAAAAUUGAGUCGAAUUAGGGGGCGUUUGGUUGUAAUUUGGGAUGUGUGGUUGAAAGUUUGAUUUUACGAUGA